AGCGUUUGUUCUUGGCAUCUUUUCGGAUCUUUCUUUAGGAACAAAAAAGGAGGACUGUGUUGUAUGUGACACACUUCCAGGAAGCUUUUCCAUUCCCUUACCAAGAUGGCGGCGCUGGUGGUUCCCCGCUUGGCUAGGUUUGGUGCCUUGUCUCUAAGGCCCAGCACAGCACUCGCAAUCCAGACUCGGACCCUCAGUCAGAGCUCAGUCACUGACAAUGGCAACAGCCUGGUUCCUGCCAGACAGAAGAGCACAGCCGUGGCUGCUAAGAAUCCGUCCCUGCCGAGCAGCAAAGGAGAGUACGUCAUCACCAAGCUCGAUGACCUCGUCAACUGGGCCCGCAGGAGCUCGCUGUGGCCCAUGACCUUCGGGCUGGCGUGCUGCGCGGUGGAGAUGAUGCACAUGGCCGCUCCGCGCUAUGACAUGGACCGCUUUGGCGUGGUGUUCCGAGCCAGCCCCCGCCAAUCUGACGUCAUGAUCGUCGCAGGGACCCUCACCAACAAGAUGGCCCCCGCCCUGAGGAAGGUGUAUGACCAGAUGCCUGAGCCUCGCUAUGUGAUUUCCAUGGGAAGCUGUGCCAAUGGUGGCGGUUACUACCAUUACUCCUACUCUGUGGUGCGAGGCUGUGACCGCAUCGUGCCAGUGGACAUCUACGUUCCAGGCUGCCCCCCAACAGCGGAGGCUCUUCUGUAUGGCACCCUUCAGCUCCAGAAGAAGAUCAAGCGCGAGAAGAGGAUGAGGAUCUGGUACCGGAAGUGAGGGGACAGUCGGGACCUGGGUUCAACUUUUAUUUAUGAACGGCUUUGCCACAGGGAGGCGCUGUGUACAUUAACUAUAUUGUCAGUACAACUGUGUUUAUUACUGGACAUGUGCCAGUCCUGUUGAUUAAUACAUUAAAUACAUUAUUAUAAUAA